AGAUCGUGUAGCUCCGUCCGGUGUCCAGCGGUCCAGUAACAACACAGCAUCCCUGCCGGGCAGACGCAUUUUUUUUGGAGGAGAAGGUGCUUCUGGAACUCUACAUCACACUUUUGAGUAUUGAUAAGAACAGAGGGCGACGAUGGCAAACCUGAGGGACGGACUUUUGCUUGGUUGUGGCAAUCCUUUGCUGGACAUUUCCGCCACCGUGGAGAGCGAAUUCCUUGCCAAGUAUGACAUGCUGCCAAAUAACGCCAUUCUGGCCGAGGACAAGCACAUGCCGAUUUAUAAUGAGUUGAUUGAAAAGUACAAAGCGGAGUACAUUGCCGGAGGAAGUGUCCAGAAUUCGUUCCGCGUGGCGCAGUGGAUUCUGCAGCGGCCAAAGGUAGCCGUGUUCUUUGGGUGCGUCGGCCAGGACAAAUACUCGGAGAUUUUGUCGGAGAAGGCUUCCAGCGAUGGGGUGAACGUGCAGUACCAGCGUUGUAAGGAGACGCCCACGGGAACCUGUGCCGUUUUGAUUACGGGAACGCAGCGCAGUCUGUGUGCGAAUCUGGCCGCGGCCAACAACUUUACCGUGGACCACUUGACCACACCGGAGAACGAAAAGUACCUGAAGGAGGCCGAAUACUUUUACAUUUCCGGCUUCUUCCUGACGGUCAGUGUGGAGAGCAUCUUGCUGGUGGCCAAGCGCGCCCUGGCCCAGGAUCGGCCCUUUAUGAUGAACCUGAGCGCGCCGUUCAUUCCGCAGUUUUUCAAGGAUAACCUGGACCAGGUGUUCCCAUACAUUGACAUCAUCUUUGGCAAUGAAACUGAAGCGUUGGCCUUUGCCGAGAAGCAGGAGCUGGGUACGGAAGAUCUGAAGGAAAUCGGGCUGAAGAUGGCGGCCCUGCCGAAGCAAAACAGUGGCCGCGGUCGGGUUGUGAUCAUCACUCAGGGCAGCGAUCCUGUCCUCUUGAUCCAGGACGGUAAAAUUGCCGAAUAUCCGGUGGAGAAGCUUGCGACGGAACAAAUCGUGGACACCAACGGGGCGGGCGAUGCCUUCGUGGGCGGUUUCCUUGCCCAGCUGGUGCAGCACGAAAGCUACGAGACCUGCAUCAAGUGUGGCAUCUGGGCCGCACGGCAAAUCAUCCAAAGAUCUGGCUGUACCUUCGAGGGCGUGCCAACGUUCAAGGCAUAGAGAAGGGGGCUUUCGAAGAGUCCUUCCGGCGGCACCAGCGCUAUACGAUAUUUUUUCGAAUAAAGUUUUUUUAUUGUUGCUACUUA